AUGUUAGAGAAACUCGGCAUGCUUGACUCCAAACCAGCCUCAACUCCCAUGGUCUUGACGGAACAUCUCACGGCUUUGACAGGCACCCCCCUUGCUGUUCCCAAAGACUAUAGGGCUGCUGUAGGAAGCUUGCAAUACCUCAUACUCACUCGGCCGGAUGUCGCCUUUGCGGUUAACAGGCUGUCUCAGUUCAUGCAUUGUCCAACAACGGCCCAUUGGACUGCCCUUAAGAGACUCCUUCGAUACUUGAGUGGUACUCUUGACAAAGGGAUCACGAUUUACCGUGAUACUUCACCCAUUCUUUAUGCCUUUUCAGAUGCCGAUUGGGCAGGAGAUCGUGAUGACUAUACCUCUACUAUGGGGUAUGUUGUGGUUCUGGGUCGUACGCCUAUCACGUAG